GGGAAUUGCCCACCGGCGGUGAUCGGUAGUAAGUCGGUGUUCGGUUUCUUGGAGUUCCGUUGGCCGUUCUUUUUACACUCGGAGGCCGAUAGAGCCCUCCAUUUACUGACCGAGAUGAGUUUGCUCAAGUUUCACCAUCUCCUGCAGCCAACAGAUCCGCAGAAUUUGCCGGUGUUGAUUAUUGGCCAACUGCGACAUCUGACCGAGCUUCCGUUCAGCCGGGUGAGUCCCAAGUUGGAACCGCGCGUUUCACCGGAAACCUUUGCGAAGGCCAUUUCCAGCCUGCAGCCGUCCCCGACCGAUGUCUGUUCGCUGUACUUGGAUGUGGCGCGUGUAGCGGCGCUCCCGCUAAAGUCCUCGCGACACAACACGGCCUCCCGUGCCCAUGCCAUCACCAAGCUGAUCCAGACCAACACCACCGGUGUCAGCGAAUCGAUCGUGAUCGUGUGCGAGAAGCAGGAUCUGCUAGCAUCGGCCUGUGCCGUCGCACGCGCCUUCCCGCUGUACAACCGCAAAACGUCGAAGCAAGCGACGGCUCAGCCGCCUCCGACGGUGCACAUCGAGUUCAUCGUAGUUGGCGGAAGCCCUGAUGCUGUCGUCGAAGUCACCGAGGAAGAUGUGGUUGCGUUGGCCAACGUUACGGUCGGCAUCCGGCUGGCCGCACGCAUCGUCGAUGCACCGUGCAAUGAGAUGAACGUUUCGGGCUUUCUGGCCGAGGUGGAAGACAUCGCCGCCGGACUGGGACUGAAGUCGAAGAUAAUCCGUGGACUGGAGUUGAAGGAGCGAGGUUUCGGUGGCAUUUAUGGCGUUGGAAAGGCCGCGCUGGAUCCACCUGCCCUGGCCGUGCUGUCUUAUGAGCCGCAAGGAGCGACGGAAACCGUUGCCUGGGUCGGUAAGGGCAUCGUUUUCGACACAGGCGGCCUGAGCAUCAAGGGCAAAACGGCCAUGCCGGGAAUGAAGCGAGAUUGCGGUGGUGCAGCGGCAAUUCUCGGUGCAUUCUAUGCCGCCGUCAAGAGUGGCUUCCGACAGAACCUGCACGCCGUGUUCUGUCUAGCGGAGAAUGCUGUGGGACCCGAAGCGACACGCCCGGAUGAUAUCCAUCGACUCUAUUCGGGCUGCACUGUCGAAAUCAACAACACCGAUGCCGAGGGUCGGCUCGUGCUGUCCGACGGUGUCGUCUACGCCGACCGGGACCUGAAGGCCAACAUCAUCCUCGACAUGGCUACGCUGACCGGUGCUCAGGGAAUUGCCACGGGCAAGUAUCACGGUGCCAUCCUUACGAACAGCGAUGAUUGGGAGGCCCGGGCACUGGAAAUUGGACGUCGCACGGGAGAUCUGCUCUCACCGGUACCGUACUGUCCGGAGCUGCACUUUAGCGAGUUCAGUUCGGCCGUGGCGGACAUGAAAAACUCGGUCAUGGAUCGUGGCAACGCGCAGGUCAGCUGUGCCGGACUGUUCAUCGGGGCCCAUCUCGGGUUCGAGUAUGGGGGUGCAUGGAUGCACGUCGAUAUGGCCGCACCGGUGCACAAUGGUGAACGUGCGACCGGGUACGGUGUGGCCCUCUUGGCCGGACUCUUUGGGGAGCAUAGCAACGCCAGCAUUCUGCGUGAUCUCGCCCAUCAGCCGAAGGAGCAGCGUAACAACGCCAAUGCCUACUCGUCCGGCAUCGAACCUCCACUCAAGAAGGUUUGCAUCGAUUAAGGCACCAGGACUGUGUUCAUCAUGCGCUCUGCGAUGGCAAUUCUUUAUUUUCGUUCAUCAUCAGGCCCCCGGGUGCGCCCAACUCGAUAUUAAUCACUAGCAUCACGCGUUGUUCGGGUCGUUUUCUAAUAAACAAUCAAAUCAAGCAAACUAGAAAAAAAA